GCGGGGGCGGCCGCCCUCAGAGGGCGGAGGGCCCUCUCUUGCCCCGCAGGCCCGAGGCCUGCCGGCUGAAGGGAUUCCGCAGCCCCGAGACGCGCACCGGAGCUGGCAUGAGGCUUCCCGCCUGCGCAGGGCGGGUUGUGCAGAAGACCAGCAGGCCGCCCUUCCCAGCCCCAGAGGCCUUUCCCGGACGCGAAGCCGGCCCCCUUCAAAGUGACCCAUAAAGAGAGACCACGCAGUUGCUAUUCCCCCCGCCACCCUCCGUGGUCUCUGGCCAUUUCCUGCUGCUCUCCUCCCUUGAACGCUUGAAGCGGCUGGAGCAGACCCUAACCCUCGCCCUCCUCUGUAGAAAGGCCAUCGCUCCCCUCUCCCUCGUGGGGGACUUGGCUGAAGAUUGCAGUCAGAGUCAGUUGACCGGGUGGCCUAUGAGCCCCAGAAAUAAAGGAGUAAAUUAAAGCUAUCUGACGAGGUCCUCUCGUGUUUGUACAAUGAAUGGAUAAACAAAAUGUUUGCUUUGGGCUAGAAAGGUACUAGUGGUUCUGGCUGAUGGCCCCCAGUGUCAAGGAGGUGGCUGGCUGGCUGGCUGGCUGGCUGACUGCAGGAACUGCGUGGCGGGAUGCUGUUCGGCAUGUCCAGUGAUCCUCCUCCACCCUACCCUGGGGGGCCAUCUGCACCACCCCUAGAAGAGAAGGAUGGCUUCUCUUUCCCAGCAGGUAGGAGCUCUCCAGCCGUGGCACUGCCACCUUCCGAUAUUGGCCCCCCACCAUAUGAAGCAAUGUUGCCACCCCAGCCGGGCUUCAUCCCCCCACCUGUGCCAGCAGAUAGCUCGAUGCCCUACCUCCCCCCUGGAGGCUACUGCAUGCCCCCAGGACCACAUGCCCCCAUGGGCUGUUACCCCCCAACUGGCCCCUACGCCCCUGCAGGAGGCCAAACAGCAACCGUUCUAGUGCCAUCGGGGACUGCAACCACUGUGACGGUCCUGCAGGGUGAGAUCUUCCAGGCUGCCCCUGUCCCAACAGUGUGCCCACACUGUCAGCAGGCUAUCACCACCAAGAUCACUCAUGAAAUUGGCCUCAUGAACUUUCUGCUGGGCUUCUUCUGCUGCUUUAUAGGGUGCAACCUAGGCUGCUGCUUCAUCCCAUGCCUGAUAGAUGAAUUUAAGGAUGUGACCCAUACCUGCCCCAACUGCAAGGCCUACAUCUACACGUACAAGCGCAUGUGCUAGCAGGGCCUGCUGAGCUGGGAGACCUCUGCUGCCGCCUCCUCCUGCCACUGGUUUGACUUCCCCAUGUGCAGUGCUUUCCUGCUUAAUGUCUUCCCUUUCUUCCUUCACCCAGAGAGCUUUGGGGGGCUGUGGUGCCUCCAAGGCUGCCCAGGGAUCUGCUGGACUGGCUUCUGGGAGGGAGAUGAGGAGGGGAAGCUGCGCCAGACGGGCCUCUUGCGUGUGUGUUGAUGGCUGUCCUGCCCCCAAGACAAGGAGCUCCUGGUGCUUGGCUAUGGCCAGCCUUCUCUGUGCGGAUGCCUCACCCGCUAGAGCCCGGCCAAGCAGUGAUGCCUUGACCACUAAUCUGCAUCAUGUGGAAUGAGAAGGAACAAAGUCCGUGGAUGCGCUUGGCUUUUUUUUUUAUUUACACUUUUUAUUAAAGAUUUUAAAUACAAUACAGGUAGUCUUUGACUUACGACCAU